AUGUUUGUCGAGGCCGCCGCUCGACUCAACGUGCAGGUCAAGCUGCUCGACGUCGGCGACACUGCUCCCGCCAAGCAGAUCAACUACCUUCCCGGUCCCGACGGAAAGUCGCAGCACAUCGACGGUAGCUUCGCCGAUCCUGAAAAGAUCCGCCAGCUCGCUUCGCAGGUGGACGUGCUCACCAUCGAGAUCGAGCACGUAGACGCUACCCAGCUUCAAAAGGUGCUCGACGACAAGCUGGUGGAUGCCGUGCAUCCGCUGCCCUCCACCAUCGCACUGAUCCAGGACAAGUACCUGCAGAAGGUGCACCUCGCCAGCAAGGGUCUUCCCCUCGCCGAGUACGUCGCCGUCGGUCCCGUAGACAUGUCGAAGGCUACGGAUGCUGCGCAGGCACGAUCUGCACAGGUCGAGUCCGUCGCCAAGAUCGGCGCAGAGUUCGGCUUCCCGCUGAUGCUCAAGUCGAGGACGCAGGCGUACGACGGAAAGGGCAACUAUGUGGUGCGAUCUGCUGACGAGGCUGCUGCUGCCGUUGCCGCGCUGGGCGAUGGCAAGCGCGGCCUCUACGCCGAAAAGUGGGCGCCGUUCGAGCGCGAGGUGGCCGUCAUGGUGGUGCGCAGCGCAACCGGCGAAGUGCGCGCUUACCCUGCCGUCGAGACGGUGCACAAGAACAGCAUCUGCCACACCGUCUUUGCACCGCUGCGUACCGCCGAUCCGGGUGUCGAGGCGCGCGCACGAAAGAUUGCCGAACAAGCCGUCGCGACGUUCGGUGGAGCCGGCGUCUUUGGCGUCGAGAUGUUCCUCAUGCCCAACGGGGAGCUUCUCAUCAACGAGAUUGCCCCUCGUCCACACAACUCGGGCCACUACACCAUCGAAGCCGCCGACACGAGUCAGUACGAGAACCACGUGCGUGCCAUCCUUGGUCUGCCGUUGGGCAGCACCGCACUCAAGGUGCCCUCGGCCGCCAUGAUCAACAUCCUCGGCCUGGCCGACUCGGACAAGGACAACGAGGCGGUGGCCAAGACGCUGGUGCCUGCCGUCGUCAGCCUCGACGUUCCAGGGACGACGUGCCACCUGUACGGCAAAGCAGGCUGUCGCAAGGGCAGGAAGAUUGGUCACAUCACCAUUGUCGGACAGAGCGACGCUCAGGUGCGAUCGCGCUUGCACGUCAUCGAAGAGGCGCUGGACAAGGCGACGGAGCUCGCUGAGAAAGGUGGCAGGCUUCCUUCCGAGCUGACGUUGCCUGGCGUCGUCGCUCUCAACGCAUCUUCGGCCGCUUCGUCGUCGACUUCACAGACGCAAAAGGGCUCGUCGCCCAAAUCAGCCGCCGACUUUUCGCAUCCUCAACCGUUGGUGGGCAUCAUCAUGGGAUCGGAUAGCGACUUGCCGGUCAUGAUGGCAGCUGCCGAGAUCCUCAAGAAGUUCGACGUGCCUUUCGAGCUUACCAUUGUCAGCGCGCACAGGACGCCGGACCGCAUGCGCACGUACGCCCGCAGCGCACCGGCACGUGGUCUGCGCGCCAUCAUCGCGGGUGCCGGCGGCGCGGCUCACCUGCCCGGCAUGGUGGCCGCCCAGACGGCGCUGCCGGUCAUCGGAGUACCCGUCAAGGGCAGCACGCUGGACGGCGUCGACUCGCUGCACAGCAUCGUCCAGAUGCCGCGCGGCAUUCCCGUAGCCACCGUCGCCAUCAACAACAGCACCAACGCGGCGCUCUUGGCGAUUCGCAUCCUGGCGGCGGCCGACCCGACCUACCUGGACAAGAUGCAAAGGUACAUGGAAGAGAUGGAGAACGAGGUGAACGGCAAGAUCGAGCGCCUGGCUCACGAUGCAUGGGAUUACACGCUGAAGAAGUAG